ACGACAUCAUCUAAUGACCAUCGAAAACAAAACACGUACCACUUUGUCCUGAGUUCAAUACCACUAUUUGACUAAUCUGAAAUUGAACAGCCUAGAGUACCAGCUGUACAUAUCCAGGUCCAUGACAAGUAAUGUGGAGAUAACAUUUACCCAGAGAAGGAAAUGAUAGGUAACAAGAAUGAAGGUUUAUCAAUAACACUUGGAUUUCCUGAUGGAGAUGACUAUGACAAUAAAAAGAAACAGUCAGUUUACAGGAUCUGGAAGAGAUUAUCCAGUUUACAGAGAAGUUUGAUAUUCCUCGUCCUCCUUCUAUGUGGAAUAUCAGCUAUUUAUAUAAUUCCAAACCUACGCCAGUCUCACCCUACUAACACAGAUCAGGUUGUUAAAGACAAGCGUGAUGAAAAAGAUUCAAUUCAGAAACUGGUGUUAGAAAAAGACAAAGAAAAGGCUGAUUUUAUUGCUAGUCUGAAAAGGAAACAUGCUAAACAUCAGAUUGAUGAUCUCAUGAAAAAAGUGAAAAAUCAAAAUGGUAAUGUAGCACCUCCGGUAAAAGCUAGGGGUCAUGGAGAGGAUAAUGUCUUAUUGCCACCUGAUGAUCAAAAGGAACAAGCCUUAAGUAAUGAUGCCAGGCUAGAUCAUGGCAAUGAGGACGAGGAAAGUGAUAAAGAUGACAAUGUAGACGGGCAGCUUAACCAUCCACUCAAAACUGUUGAUAAUGAUUUCAAAGUAGAGCAGAAAGAAACUUCAGCUGUGUAUGAUUAUUUUAGUCCUUACAGGAAACAUAGCUCUAGGCAGACUGCAGUAAUAGAUGCUUUCAAAAUGUCAUGGUCAGCCUAUAAGAAGUAUGCAUGGGGUCAUGAUGAAUUCCAUCCAAUCAGUAAAACCCAUUCUGAAUGGUUCCAACUUGGUCUGACCAUUGUUGAUGGCAUUGAUACAGCAAUUAUUAUGGGACUAAAGACAGAAUACGAAGAUGCUAGAACCUGGAUACAAAAUGACCUGGUUUUCACACAUGAUAGAGAUGUGAAUCUUUUCGAGACAACAAUUAGAAUCCUAGGAGGUUUACUGAGUGCCUUCCACCUGACCAAGGAUAAUGUGUUUAAAGAAAAGGCAACUGACAUAGGAAACAGAAUGCUUCCCUGUUUUAAUUCUCCGUCAAAAGUUCCUUACUCUGACAUCAAUCUUCUGACAGGAAAAGCUCAUGCCCCACGGUGGGGACCGGACAGCAGCACUUCAGAAGUUACAACAAUACAGCUGGAAUUUCGUGAUUUAAGUCGUAUUACUGGAGACAAAAAAUAUGAGAAAGCUGUUGAUACAGUAUCCAAUCAUGUUCAUAAUUUACCUAAGAAGAAUGGGUUGGUUCCAAUAUUUAUAAAUGCCAACACAGGUCAUUUUCGUAACUCUGCCACAAUAACACUGGGUGCCAGAGGAGACAGUUAUUAUGAAUACUUAUUAAAGCAGUGGCUACAGACUGGAAAGACAAACAGCAUGUACAUAGAUGACUAUAAAGAAGCUGUAGAUGGUAUGAGGUCACAGCUAGUCAGACAAUCAGAACCAAAUAAACUUACUUAUAUAGGUGAACUGCUAGGAGGCAGAUCCUUUAGUCCUAAAAUGGAUCAUUUAGUGUGUUUCUUGCCAGGAACACUUGCCUUAGGAUAUAUAAAUGGAAUGCCUGAAGAACACAUGAAUCUUGCUAAAGAGAUGAUGAGAACAUGUUAUGAAAUGUAUAAUAAAAUGCCAACAAAACUAAGUCCUGAAAUUGUAUUUUUCAAUCAGGCCAAGAAGAGUAAAGAUGACCUGUUUGUAAAGCCUGCUGAUUCUCACAACCUGCUGCGACCUGAAACAGUUGAAAGUUUGUUUUAUCUUCAUCGAAUAACUGGUGAUAAAAUCUACCAAGACUGGGGAUGGCAAAUUUUCCAGGCAUUCAUGAAAUAUACCAAAGUUGAAGGGGCUGGCUUCUCUUCAAUAAAUAAUGUCAGAAGUAUAGGAAAUCCAGGAUUCAGAGACAAACUAGAAAGUUUCUUCCUAGCUGAGACAUUGAAAUACUUCUAUUUACUGUUUGAAGAUAGCAUUGAUUAUUUAUCGCUUGAUAAAUAUGUCUUUAACACAGAAGGACAUGCAUUACCUAUUUAUUCUCAGUGAUUGUCAGAAAUUUUGCAGAUGAUUUUAAUAAUGAAAUGUGCUCUAUCAAUUGGAAUUAAACUUCAAAAAAGUUAAAGAAGUUUUAAUAUAUUUGGAGAGGCCUUAAUAGAAUAUCCAAGUCUGUUAUAAGGUCAAACUUGCCUAAAAGAGUUUGAAAAUUAGUUUUUGUUGAUAUAACAAAAUUAAUUAUCUGAUGUAUGUACGGGUAACAAAUUAUGGUCUUAUGAAAAAGUAAACAGCAUAGUUAAAGUAACACAUUAGAUAAUAAAUUCUAAAAUGGUUCUGUGGAACCCUGUGAUUGCUGUUGUCAGUAUAAAAGUGUGUUGACUAAAAAGUGAUUACAUUAAUCAGAAUAAUACCCCAAAAAAAAUCAAAAUUUGUCUUAAGAUUCCUUUUCUUGUACUUGAAGAUAAACAGCAUCUGUCAAAGUUAUAACAAUUCAUAAGGUCCAUUUACCACCAAAAUACUGAAAUUUUUCCAAAAGUUUCCGUUAGACUUUAUCUCUUAAUCAUAAAUUAUCUGUCAAUUGAACUUAAAUUUUGAUGAUGUCGAUGGAUUUGCCACUGCCAUCGACAGAAUCUAGGUUGGCUUUGUCCUGCUUUCGUGAUAUAAAUGUCAUAGACUCGACUAGAAGGAUGAAGGUAUUCAUACUUAAUGUGUCAGAAUUACUUGCUAUCCAAAAACUAUCAAUUAUAUUUAGAAUUUUGGUUUCUGUGAUCUUCUUAUUUUGCUGUAUUAAAUUUUAUAUAUAAAAUAAUGUACACUAAUGUAGACAGUGUGAUUGUGAAACAUGUUAAAAAAUGUUUAUAAAUGCUGUAUUAUAGUGUGCAUACAAAUUUAAAUUUAAAAUUUAUGUUUAAAAUUCAUUUACAACUGCAUGUAUGCAAAUAUUGAUUUUAUGUGUAUUAAAAUACAUAACAGUGCAUGUACAAGCAAGUUAAAGUGUGAAUGUUAAUGCACAUUUGUAUAAUUGUGUUUGACAGCUACAUUGUGUAUGUUCCAUUAAGUGCUAUAUGUACAGUGUGUUUCAGCAAUUCAAUGAAAUGUGUGUUAAACAGAGUGUAUAUAAAAGCAAGUGUGUAGUGUAUAAAUAGAUAUAUGAGAAAAAUACAGGCAUUGACAGAUUUGGUGCACAAUGUCAAUUAUUUCAAAUUAACUGCACUGGUAUUACAAUUGUUUUCAUUCCAGUAAAAUACAAUAUGAUCUAUUAAAGUUAUGUAUUAUUUUUACAUAUGUUUUUUUUUAGAUGUUUUGGAUCUACUGUGGAUUCAUUAUUAUUCGUGGGAUACCAAUUUUUCGUGGCUUUCGUGGGUACUGGUGAACCACGAAAUUAAAUGUUCAACGAAUAACAAAUUUCCUAUAGGCUUGUAUGUAGACUUCGGCAAAACCACGAAAUUAAAUAUCCACGAACUUGCAAGUUUCCCAUAAUCCACGAAAAUUGGUACCCACGAAAAUAAAUGAAUCCACAGUAUAUAGAUAUUAAAUUCAGCCUUAUUAUCAACCAACUGUAGUAUCUUCAUUCAUUUUUUUUGUCUAGAAAUAAGUUGAUGAGAUAAAACCUUCUAUAUAGUUGGUAGAGAUACCCAUCCCAAUGCCAUAAGGGUAAUCAAGUGACUUUGAUUUCUCAGACAAGCCUCAAGUCUUGUCAUGAUGUGCUCACCCCAAGUGCGGAAGGUUGUAGGUUUGUUCCGAGGCUGGUCCAUACAAAUUUUCUGCUUCUACAAGAACCCAUAAUUUACAAUAAAGGGCAAAGACUGGAGUCAUAAUAUUACUAGUCUAGGUAAGACAACCGCUCUCUUACAAACUUUUAACUUGAAACGUAAUUUAGCACAUAGAAAUACGAUCAGAGUGACUACCAAGUACGAAGCAAGAUUCAUAUUCAUAAAUCUCAUUACAAUAUAGCCAUCUUGGCUUUCAUGUUAUAUUGACGACCGUGCUUUUACCACAAAUCCAUCAUUUUCCAGAAUCUGUUUUACUUAUGAACAAUGUACACUUAUAUUUGUUUAAUAAUCAGGAUUUGACAAAUUCCUAGAGAAAAUAUUUGCUUUCAUCAUUUUUUGAGUUAAAUUAGUGAGCUCAGCUCAUGUACCACUUCAUUGUCUUAUAUGUAUGCUUUGUCUUUUAUUUAUAUGGUUGCAGGUUUAGUAAAAUAAAUUAUUUUUAAACAGUGUUGUUCUCUAUUCUACUUAAUAAGUUGUACCUAUUCAACUUGUUGAUUAUAUUUUUUUACAGUUUUUAUGUACAUGAGAAAAAUGUUAAUUAUAGUUGUAUAUAUUAAAAUUUAAACAAAUGUUUUUCAACUUUAUUGUGACCCAUUGAAUCAAACUUUUAGGUUUUGGUUUAUAUAGCACAUUGUUGAAGUGCUUUUUUGCAAGAGUAUGAAUGUCUGAUGUUAUAUUCAAAUUAUAUCAAUAUAGCCACUAAAAGAAUUGAAUUAAAUUAUUGCUUAUAAUAAUGUGUGAAGUUUUUAUAUUAUCUAUCUUGUAUUCUAGUUAUUGUUUUGACCAUCUCACCUUGAAAAAUUUGGGAGGCAAAACUUGGGCAUUUGUAAUUAAAGAACUGAUUUUUUUUAAUUUUUCAUCACUUUUUUAUUUUUUGUAAAAGCAAAACAACAUCUAUUUUUUAUUUAUUACAAAUGAUAAGUGCCUGAUUUGAAAAUAAGAUGGGAAUUAUUUGGUAAUUUUAUAUUAGAAAUUGGGUCAAUUAUUGGGAGAAAGGUUGAUUGAAUUCGUUCAUGUGAUCAGGUAAUUUUAUAAUCACACAUGUUGUUUUUGUUUACUUUAAGCAAUGAAUAAAAUUGAGAAAAAUAGAUGAG